GAGAGAGAAAGGAGCCUUCGGCGGAAUCCGACGCAUGUCUCUCAACCGGUGCUGUCUGCACGCUGCCAGCUCGCGCAAGGUGGGUUCCGUGCUGCAGGGACGGCAGACGUAUCGUGCAGCAGCAACAUGACUCUGACUAGGGGAUCUUUUACCUAUGCCAGUGGAGAAGAGUACCAUGGCGAGUGGAAAGAAGGUCGGAGGCAUGGAGCCGGCCAGCUCAGGUUCCAGGAUGGAACCUGCUACAAAGGCCAGUUUGAGAAUGGACUCUUCCACGGCUCUGGUGUGCUGCUCUUCACCGAUGGAUCGAGGUACGAGGGAGAAUUUGCACAGGGAAAGUUCCAGGGCGCAGGGGUCUUCAGUCGAUACGACGGCAUGAAGUUUGAAGGAGAAUUCAGAAGUGGCCGUGUGGAGGGACAUGGACUGCUGACCUUUCCUGACGGGGCUCAUGGCGUCCCGCGAAACGAGGGGAUGUUUGAAAACCACAAGUUGCAGAAGAGGGAGAAAUGUCCUGGGGCGGUGCAGCGGGCGCAGGCUUCGGCCUGCAAAGCCCGCAGUCUGUCUCUAUGA